AUGGAGGGGUACCGUGUCGCUGAGUGCGACAGGGCGUCUGAGAGCUCGUCCUUCGUAGAGGAUGAAGAAGAAGAAGAGGGAGAAGAGGAGGAGGAAGAAGAGGAGGAGGAGGAGCAGGCUGUGGGUCCCGAGGAAGCAGAGGAGCUGACUAACAGUUUAAAAGAUCUUAUCCAAAGUGAAGAUGUGAAACCCAAGCUGCAGUACAUCAUGACUAACCCUUCCUUUUCUAUGGUAACAGUUCAAAGUGAAGAUAGUGGGAUAACCUGGGAAACCAGCUCAAGCAGAUCUUCUACUCCCUGGGCCUCAGAAACUAGUACAACUUCUGAUCUUUACAGUAUGGAAAGUUCACCAGUAGGUUCUCCUCCAGGAAAAGUUAUCUUUAUUAUGGAUGAAGGUAAGAUUGUUCGGAAAAGGAAGCGUAAAUCUUCAAAUAGGGUGCCGAUGGCUACAAACCUGAAGGGAGGCCAGGGCAGUAAGAAACGUGACUCUUCUGGAAUGCAGAGGCAGGAACCAAGAACUGUUCUAGGAGAUGUGCAGGGCUCUGUGUUGAACGUUGAACAGGUGGAAGCACAAGACACAGAUGAGGAAAUGUUGGACGACAAAGAUGAUCUAGAGAACAUUGCAGAGGAGCCAGUAAAACGUGCUCCGAUAAGGUCAAUAUUUAGAGAAAGCAGACUGAGAAAAGUAGGGCCGAUCCUUGGAGGACCAGUACAAGCUAGAAUCCAGCUGUUCAACUCAAUUUUGGGGGGGACUGAGCCAACCCCUGAAAUAUUGGAAAAAAACAGAAUCCAGCGAAGUAGCUCCGUUUCAGGAGAUUCUGAAGAGUUCCUUGAAACACCAGUCAAAGAAAGAUUGCAGAAGUUCAGAUCACUUCCAGGAGCAACACUUCCAAAAACCUUCCAGAGAGCAAGAAGUAAACAUCUUGAAACACCAUCGGAGAGGAGAAGGGAGCAAAGACAGCAACCCACAGCACAUGCAAAUCAAAGCUAUUCUUCACUAACAACACCUCUUGAAAAACGCCUUACUAUUAAAGAUGAUGUUUCAUCUGAAAAUAUUAAACCCAUUAAAAUGAAAGAUAAACCAAGCAGAUUUUUGAGCUUUGGUGCAGAAACAGCUUUUCAACAUGAAGAAAGAAAAGAUAGACAACCUCUUUUGGAGAUUCCAAAUCAAAUAUCAGGACAGUCACUGAAGUGCUGCCCUUCUGAAGAAGCCAAGAAGCAGCAAAGUUAUUCACUUGUGGCCAAGACAUCAAUAGAGGAGCAAUCAACCUCCAUUUCAUUAGAGUCUGAUGCUACAUCAGAGAAACAAGUGCCGCUUCCUUCAUCUGAAAUUGCAAACAAGAACCCAGACAAAUCCCCGCUGACAGCGUCAGAUCUUCUGGAUGAACCACUGGAGCAGGAAAUUCAGCCCAAUUCUGCACUAGAGUCUGUUUCAGCAGAUUUUUGUGAGGAAUUAGGUAGACGAAGUACCCAACCUAUCUUGCCUACAGCAUCCAUAUCAGAACAUCCUGAGAGGGAAGCACAAAAGUCAGCAGUUCAGUCUUACUUACCUAGUGCUCCAUCAGCUAAAUCCAAAUAUUCCACUCUAUCUGACACAAGACAAGAGGAUAUUAUUCCUCAGUCAUCAGAAACUGCACAAUCUGAGUCUGAACACAUGCUAUUACCACAUUCUGUAGAGGAAACAAAGAAGCAAGAAAUUGAGUGUCAUUCAUCAACAACUGCACAGUCAGAAACUGAGCAUUCAGAUCUAUUGUAUUCUGUUAAAAAAACAGAGAGUCAAAAGACCCCACCACCAGAAACCCAAAAUGUUCACUUAAAGAAACAAACAGAAACUGAGGAGCAAGGAAUUAAACUAAACUUACCUAUUCCUGAGAAGAUAGAUUCUAAAUAUUUUGGCAUAUCAUAUCCUAUUCACACAGAAACACAAGAAACUCGGAAAACUUCAGCUGUAAAUAAAGUAGAGUUGUAUCACCCUGAUUUUUCCAUUGAAAAAACCAAACAAGUAGAGAGUGCAAAAAUGGAGAUGGAGCAUGGAGAUUUCUCAUAUUCCAGCAAAGAAACUGAGGAAUCGGAGGGAACACAGAUAGAGACAGAGCAUCCAGAUUUCUCAUAUUCCAAGGAAGAAACAGAAGAAUCAGAGAGUGCACAGCUGGAGAUGGCACACCCAGACUUUUCUUCUUCGAGGGAAGAAAUGGACGAAUCGGAGAGUGCACAGCUGGAGACAGAGCACCCAGAUUUCUCAUACUCCAGAGGAGAAACAGAGGAAUCAGAGAGUGCAAAACUGGAGACAAAUUAUCCAGAAUUGUUUUUUUCCACAAAAGAAACGGAGGCAUUGGAGAGCGCUCAACUGCAGACGGAACAUCCAGAUUUCUCAUAUUGCAAGGUAGAAAGAGAGGAAUUGGGGAGUGCACAACUGGAGACAGAGCAUCCAGAUUUAUUUUCCAAGGAAGAAACAGAAGAAUCAGAGAGUGCACAGCUGGAGAUGACGCAUCCAGACUUUUCUUUUUCCAGGGAAGAAACAAAGGAAUCGGAGAGUGCCCAACUGGAGACAGAGCACCCAGAUUUCUCAUACUCCAGAGGAGAAGCAGAAGAAUCAGAGAGUGCACAGCUGGAGAUGGCACACCCAGACUUUUCUUCUUCGAGGGAAGAAAUGGACGAAUCGGAGAGUGCACAGCUGGAGACAGAGCACCCAGAUUUCUCAUACUCCAGAGGAGAAGUGGUAGAAUUGGAGAGUGUACAGUUGGAGAUGGAGCAUCCAGAUUUCUCAUAUCCCAAUUUAUUUUCCAAGGAAGAAACAGAAGAAUCAGAGAGUGCACAGCUGGAGAUGACGCAUCCAGACUUUUCUUUUUCCAGGGAAGAAACAAAGGAAUCGGAGAGUGCCCAACUGGAGACAGAGCACCCAGAUUUCUCAUACUCCAGAGGAGAAGUGGUAGAAUUGGAGAGUGCCCAACUGGAGACAGAGCACCCAGACUGCUCAUACUCCAGAGGAGAAGUGGUAGAAUCAAAGAUGGCACAGCUGGAGAUGGAGCAUCCAGACUUUUCUUUUUCCAGGGAAGAAACAGAGGUAUCAGAAAAUGUGCAGCUGGAAACAGAACGUCAGGAGUUUUUAUUUUCCAGGGAAGAAACAGAGAAAGAAAAAUCUGUUCCUUUUGAACUGGAACGACCAGUGUCUUACUCCCCUGAAGAAGCAGAGCAAGAAGAAACAGCACAGCUUGCACUGGUACCUUCAGAUUUCUCAUGUUUUAUGGAAGAAGCAGGUAAAGAAAACACUGCAGAACUCCAGUUGGAACAUACAGAUAUAUCUGAUUCCAUCAGAAGAGCUGAGACACAGCAAACUGGGUAUCUAGAAACAGCACAUUCAGAUUUACCGUAUCUCACAAAUAAAACAACGCAGCAAGAAUUGGCACAAGUAGAUGUGAACAAUUCUCUUAUGUCACAUUUUGGUGACAAAAGAGAACAGCCACAACCUGUGCAGCAGGAUUCACAACCUGGAGGUAAGCUGUAUUCCCAUGCCAAGGGAGUGCGAGGAGAAACCACUCAACUGCAGUCAGAGCAUCCAGUUUUGUCAUAUUCUGCUGGAAAAGAAGAGCAACAUAAACCCUCACAGCUGAGGACAGAAGAGACAGAGAUGACAUAUUCCACUGGCAAAACAGAACAACAGGAAAUAUUGCAACCUGAGUUGGAGCAAGCAGAUUUGCCGUAUUCCCAUGGAGAAACAGCACAAGCAGCUGUACAAAAAGAAGGUCCAGAGCCAUCAUGUUUCAUUAGUGAAGCAGAGCAACAUGAAAAUGUACAACUAGCUUCAGAAAAUAGGGAUUUCUCAUUUACCACUGGAGAUAUAAUGCAAGAAGGGGUGGAGUCAGGAUCUUUGAGCUCCUCACAUUUGACUGACAGAGCAAAGACCUGGGAAAUGGCACAAGUGGAGCAGGAGCAGUCACUUCCCUCCUGUUCCACUGCUGGUAGUCAGGAACAGGAAACCACACCACUGGAUGUGGCCCAGCCAGAUUUUUCAUAUUCCUUUUGCAGAAUGGAACAAAAUAUAGUACAGGAAGAAGUAGGACAGCAGAAAACAGCUCAACAAAAAGCUAUGAAAACGGAGUAUUUGGGUUUGUCAGAAACCUGGGUGAAAGAAGAGCCACAGGUCACAGACCAAAUUAAUUUGGCACAGCAAGAAACAGCUCAAACAGGGUUAGAGCAUUCAUCUUUACCAUAUUCUCUCAGUGAACAAAUGCAAGAAGAAAUGCAAACGGAACCAGCACAUCCAGAACAGACAUUCUAUGUAAGCACAGAAAUGCAGGAGGAAAUGACACAACAAAAAUCAGUUCAACCGUUACUCUCAAGUUUUACUGGCAAAACAGAGCAACGAGAAAUAGUACAUCUAGAGCUGGAGCAAACAUUUUUGCCAUCUUCCACUGGAAAAGAAGCUCCACUGGAAAUGGAAGUGAGUUCAGAAUAUCCAGAUUUGUCAUAUUCCUUUCACGAAGCUGAACAACAAAAAAUGUUGAAACAUCCAACCUUACCAUUUCAUUUGAAGCAACAAGAAACUGCACCACUGGUAAUGGAACAUCCAGAUUUUUCAUGUGACAGUGGUGAAGCAAAACCAGGUGACACUGUACAGCAGGAGCCAGAACAUCCAGAGCUCUCAUACUCCAUGGGAGAAACACAAGGACAAUCAAAACAUUUGGAAUCACCAAGAACCCUGAGUGAAGCAGCGCAGGAUGAAAGUAUGCAAGUGGAAUCUAAAUACUCAAAUUUGACAUGUUCUGAUGGCCAAAAAACCCAGCAAGAAACUUCACAAUUGAAUUCAAAAUAUCCAAAUUUAUCAUUUUCCUUUGGUAAAGCCGAAGAACAAGGAACUCAAGAGUUUGAGUCUAAAUAUCAAGAAUUGCCUAAACUGGCCAGAAAAAGAGCUUCUCCAGCAACUGCACAAAUGGAGUCAAAACUUCCAGAUUUGACAUAUUCCCUUGGCAAAGCAAGUGAGCCAGAAAUUGCACAAUGGGAAAUGAAGCAUCCUGAUUUAUCACGUUGCACUGAUGAGACAAACGAACAAGAAGUAGUAGUGUUGGAUCAGAAAAACAGAAAAAUUUCUGUUGGCAGAGAAAAACAGCAGUUAAAGCAAGAAAAGUUAUCACAUUCUCCUGGUAAAACAGAGCAAUUAAAACAUGCCCAGAAGGACUUGGAACAACCAGAUUUAUCAUUUUCCAUUGACAGGCCAGAUGAUGAAACGGCCCCACCAGAGACAGGGCACGCUGAUGUGACAUAUCCUCUGGACAACACAGAGGUGCAACAGAGAGUACAACGAAAAUCAGAGCAAACAGGUUUCACUUGCCCCUUUGGAAAAGCAGAACAGAAAACAGUUCAGCCAGAAGCUGAAAUUCCAUGUUUAGCCCAUUCUGUGGGUAUGGCAGAAGAAGAAGAAAUGGCAGAAAAAGGGCAGGAACAUCCUGACUUGCCUUAUUCCACUUUGAAAGCAGGACAACUGCAGACUGCACAGCUGAAACCUGAACACCCUGGUCCAGCAUGGUCCUUCAGCAAAGUGCAAGAAACGACCCAGCUGGGGUUGGAACAGCCAGAUGUGUUGUAUUUUCAUGACAAAACAGAGCAGCCCCCACCUGCCCAGCUGGAACUGGGCCACACAGACUUAGCAUCCCCCGCUGACAAAGUGGGGCAGCAAGGGAUGGAGCAUACAGCCAUGGAACACUCCGAUGAGGGACAGCCUGUCAGCAGAGCCGAGCAUCCACAAGCUGCAAAAGAGAAAGUACGGGCUCCAGAUACAUCAUCUCAUAGUGGAAAAGCAGAGCAAAGAGAAAUGGCAAAACCAGAGCCAAAGCAUCCUGGUAUAUUGUAUUCCAUUGAUAAAACACAGACACAAGAAACUACACAAGUGAGGUUAGGAAAACCAGUUCUAUCAUCUUGGCCUGGCAAAACAGAACAAGCACAAACUGGUCAAAAGGAGCAACCAGGCUUCCUGUAUUCCUUUAAAAAAGCUGCGCAAGGAGAGAAAGUACAGCUAGAAUUGGGACACUCACAGUUACCUUACUCUGUUACUGAGGCAGAACAAGAAACUGCACAUGCAAAAUUGAAUCAUUCAGGUUUAUCUACUGGCAGGUUAGAACACCAUGAAAUCAUACAACCAGAGGCAGAACUAAUGGAUUUAUCAUGUCCAAUUGGUGAAACACAGCAAUCUCAAAUGGCUGAAGUAGAUUUGGAUUAUCCAGAUUUCUGGCAUUCCACUGACACAAUGCAGCGACAAGAAAAUAUUCAACCAGAGCAGAACCAGCCAGGUGAUUUUUCAUCAUCUCUCAGCAAAGAAGAGCAAUGGGAAGGUGCAGAAAUGCAGGCAGAACACCCUGAGCUGCAGUCCUCUAUGGGGAAAGCAGAAGGAAUGCAAAAUUCCCAAGCAAAAUCAGAAUAUACAGAUUUGUUGUUCUUUGACAGAGCAGAACCUCAUGAAACAACACAGCCAGAGUUUAAAGAACAUGAUUUGUUCCACUCUUUUGUCAAAACAAAGCCAUCAUGUGCUGCCCCACUGGAGUCUGAACAUCCAGAUGUCCCAGAUGCCAUGGGCAAAGUACCGCACCCUGAUUUGUCCUCUUUUGCUAGUGAGGAAAAGCAAAGUGCACAGCUGGAGAUCAAACAGGAGAGGGGAAGCUAUACAUUACACCCAGAGGAAACAGUACGACUGAAACUGGAACAGCCAAUGUUGUCGAGUUCUCAUGGCACAGCACAGCAACCAAAUAGGGCCCCACUGGAAGGGGAAUUCCCAGACUUCCUGUAUUCCUCUGGCAACAAAGAUCAACAAGAAAUGGCAAAACAAGAAUUGGAGCAUUCAGAUUUAUCAUAUUCCAUUGAUAAAACACAGCAAGCAGAAACCACCAAACUUGGGUUAGGACAACCAGAUUUAUCAUCUUGCCCUGGGAAGACAGAGGAACCACAAUCUGUUCAAAUGGAAGCAGAGCAUCAGGACUUGGUGCAUUUCACUGGCAAAACAGAAUGGCGAAGAACAGCACAACCAGAGGUUGAGCAUCCAGAUUUGUCUUAUUCCAGUGACAAAGCAGAGCAGCCACUGAUUACAGAACAGAAAUCAGAGCAGCCUGUAACACCCCAUUCCAUUGGAAAAACAGAGCGACAACGAAUGGCACGUCCAGAGCGGGAACUUCCUCAUUUAUCAUAUUCCAUUUGCAAAACACUGUCACAAGAAGCAACACAAAUGGACUUAGGGCAACAAGAUUUAACGUAUGCCCUUGGAAAAACAGUUGAAAUGCAAACUGUGCAAGGUGAACUGGAAAAUACAGGUUUGUUGUAUUCUUCUGGCAAAAGAGAACAAGAAAUGGUAUUGCCAGAGCUGCAACAUCCACAGCUAUCUUACCCUGUUAGAGAAAUAGAAGAAAAAGCUACGCAUCAGAAAUCAAACUAUCCAGAUUUGUCAUAUUCUACUGGACGACAAGAGUGCCAUGAAAUUGAACAACCAGAGGUGGAAGAAAUGGAUUUAUCCUAUCCAGCUGGCAAAUCAGAGCGCUCACAACCAGCCCAAAAAGUACUGCAACAGCCAGAUCUUUUGGAGUCCUUUGAUGAACUAGAGGGAAAAAGAAUGACCCAGCCUGGCUUUUUGCACUCCCUUGGUAAAGAAAAGCAGAAACCAGCUUCAUCGGUAGACUUAGUGCAACCCAAUUUAUCACAUUCACUUGGCAAAACAGAAAAACAGGAAACUGCACAAACAGGGUUCGUGUCUUCUGAUUUUUCAUAUUCCACAGGAAAAUCAGAGCAGUUGCAAAUGGAACAAGUAAAAUCAAAACGUCCAGAUUUCUCAUAUUCUCUUGGCAAAGCAGAGACUUGUGGAAUGAAACCGCCAGAUUUAUUGUACUCCAAUGGCAAAGCAGAGCAACCACAGACUGCCCAGCUAGAGCAUCCAGAGACAUCAUAUUUCACGGGUGAAAUGGAGCGAAGGGAUGGGGACCAACCUGAACUGCAGUGCAUUAAUUUGCAGUACUCUGUUGUUGAAACAGAGCAACCAGAAACACCUUCUGUAUCAUAUACCUUUGGCAAAACUGAGAAGCAGGGAACUGCACAACCAGACUUUGAACAAUCAGGUUUAUUAAGUCCUACUGACAAGGCAGAAGAGCAUGAAACAGCCCUGCUGAGAGCAGGGCUUUCAGAGAAGCGAGACACUGGGGCUACUUCAUCUCUAAGUGCUCAGUUGGAAACUAAGCAACAAGAUUUAUCCUUUGCCACUAAGAAAGCAGAAGGCCAACCAUAUUCAUCUCUUACUGAACAAACAGUGUCUGUACCUUUGGUUAUUUCACAUUCUGUCUCUGAAAUAAAACCAGAAGGAAGUCCAGAGUCUUUACCUGUAACUGCAGGCCUGUCCUCCAAGCACUUAGAUUUAUCUUACACCCACUGUAAAACAGAGCAGACAGAAACUGCCCAGCCUGCAUCAGGUUUCUUUUUUGCAAGAAAACAAGCAGAGAACACAAAAAUUCAUCCGCAUUUGCCUGUCUCUGCACAAACAGAGACUGACCAUGUAAUUUUACCUGAAACAGAGAGAGAACAGACUGCGCAUUACUUCCACACAGCUACACAAUUAGAAUCUGAACAAUUAAAUUUAUCAUAUUCUACAGAUAAAGCAGAAACUCUAGAAAGUCAAGAUUAUUUAACUGUAUCUUCAAAACUGGAGUCUGAACCUUCAGUUCCAUUUUAUUCACCUGAUGAAACAUGUCAGCAAGAAAUUCCACUUUAUUCAAAACCAGCCUCUGAGUAUUUGGUUCCCACAUGGUCCCUUGCUGAACAAGAAAAGCAAAGCAUGCAGCCACUUAUUCCCCAGUCUGCACAAUCAGAGUGUGAACAUGUAAUUCCACCACAUGAUGAAAAAGAAGUGCAGAACAUUCAGCUCUAUUCAUCUAAAUCAGCAAGUUUGAAAACAGUGCAGUUGGAGAGUAUGUCUCUAAUGCGCACACAAGACCAUGAUAAGCAAGAAUCUCAAGAUCAUUUGCUGGACACAAAAUAUUUGUCAUCAGAGCAGCUAAGAAGUGCCCCCAAAUUCACUGCUGAGCACGAUAAGCGAGAAAUACAACCUAAUGUGCAGACAAUGCCAAGGUUGGAGACCGCAGAGUCAAAGGUGGCUGGUGUAGCAGAGCAGCAAGCAGUGUCAUCAGAUUCAUUUGUACCUUUUGAUACAUUACCUGAAAAGUCAGUAUCAGUGCUUUUCAGUGAUGAUGAAGAGAAACAAAAUAUUCCAUUAUCUGUAUCUGAUGUAGUAGGCAUGCUUGGAAAGCAACCUAGCAUAAUUUCAGGCAUUUAUACUGAAGAAGAGGAUAGACAUGAAAUACAACCGUAUUUUGCAGACCAAAAGCAUACAUCCUUAGAGCAUCUGGGAGCUGUUUCAUCAGAUCUUGUUUAUGAAACUCAGCAUUAUUCUGGUGAAUGGGGUAGCCUUCCUUCAGCAGAGAUGAAGUCCGUUAGCUCUAGUUCUGAUGAAAAGCAGAAUCCAGAUAUUUCAUCUUUUGGGUUAGCUAGCUGGCUGGCAGAAGAGGUGAAAGCUCGUUCAAUUAGUCCAAUAAGAGCUACAGAAGUGGACAGGCAAGGAAUUCAACUUUCUCCAAAUGAAACUUCUGAUUUUGGAUCAAAACAAUUCCCAGCUGGAAGUUGCACAGAACUUACAGUUCAUGGUGCUACAAAGAAUAAAGGACAUAUGUUUAGAGUUUCUGAUUCACUGUCAAGUGAAACUUCCCACAGGGUGUCCUCAGAAACUAGUCACAGAGCACAAAGGUAUGAUUUACCAUCUCUGGGAGGACAUAAUCCAGGUCCAGAAAAAGUUCCGAAGCAUGAAACUAGGAUUGGGAACCCUACAAAAAUGGAAGCAAUGCAACAUCCAGAGGUAGACAAAGUGCCUGAAGGGCCUGAGCAUUACCCGAGAGAAGAAGAGGAAGAAAUGGAACAUGUAAGCUCUGUAGAAGACAGUCAGCAUGCUCCAGAGCCUACUGAACAAAAAGAUCUAUUUAAUAUAAUUUCAGAAGGUUAUGAAAUACUCAAUAUUCAUGCUCCUACACAUAUUUCUUCUGUUGAUCAAGAAGAAAGUAAACACAUGCCAGAUAAACUAGAAUACUUGGAAACAAAUCCUUCAUUUAAAAGAAAAUUAGCUGACGAUAGCCAUAGAGCCCUAGCUUCUGGAACAACCACAGAAAUUUCAGAAGGCUCUGUGUUGGAAAAGCCUGCAAGCCAUGAACUAGAAGAAUUGGUAAAAAAUGAUGAUGUUGAGGAAAGUGGAGAAACACAAGAAAAAAAUCCCAUGUUGCCAGAAAACAAUAAUUCUGUGUUGGAUCCUAAUAAUGGUAUGGCUGAUAUGGAUUAUUUUGAAAAAUAUACAUUGAUUGAUGACAAAUCCACAAUUAAGCCACAUUUUGAAAGACCAAGUUCAUUGUUUCCUGUGACAGAAGAUCCCAAUGAACCUGUGGAAGAAGCCACUUCUUUUAAAGAAAGUGCUGAGGUAGAUACUUUGGAAGAGGAGUUUUCAUUACUUGAGGAUCUGGAUGAAGUCUUUUAUGGUGCUGUGAAAGGAGAAAGCAAAAUGCAGAUCUAUGCAGAUGCUCCAAACCCUUUACCUCUGCCAAAAUCACUUGAUAUUAGCAGUAAAAAGGUUACAAAUGUAGAAGAUGAACGGAAGUCACCAGGGACCCCACUCUUUGAUUCAGAAGAAGGAGUGCUAGAACGAUCUCUGUUGUUUCCUACCACUGUUGCUGCAGUUAAUCCAGAGCUUCUAGAGGAGCCACCUGCUCUGUCAUUUUUAUACAAGGACCUCUAUGCAGAAGCAGUAGGAGAAAAAACAAAGGAUGAGACUCCUUCUGAUGAGGAAAGUGGUAAUUCUAAUGCAUCUUUUCCUAGUAGAAAUUCAGAUACAGAUGAUGGAACAGGAAUAUAUUUUGAAAAAUACAUUCUUAAAGAUGAAAUUCCAAGUAAGGCCAUACAGCCUCAAAAGGAUCAGAUGUCAGAGGAUGAGUCCUUUAGUAGAGUAAUUUCAGUUCAGAGAUCAGAGGACAAACACAAGCAGGGGUCUGGUGAUGUUCAGUGCAUCAUAACUGAGGUUCUGCCAGAAAGGGGUGUUGUGGAGAGAGAGAAGGUCCAGGUUGACAGUGACAUUAAAGCAACAAUUUGUAAACCAAUACAUGCUAUUCCUUUUGGAAGCAAAGAAAUUCUUUCAGGUGCAAGAAGUGAUACCACUGAACAAAGAGAAGAAGAAAAUGUACCUGUAGAAACAUCUGAGGAGUUGCCAGACCAAUCUAGUCAUCAAAUGUUUAGUCAACUAGUGGAUUAUCAGGGAGAUGCAUAUCAAGAAGCUACUAAUAAGCAGGAAGAACAGCACGAAAUAAGAGCAAUUCCCAAAAUGCAAAAAUAUGUCCCAUGUGUCCGUACUCCUGUUGAAGACAGUGAAGAUGAUCAGUAUACCCAGGAAAAUCUUUCACAUGUCCCUACCAUUCAGAAGACAGAGGAGCCAGACUUUUCAAGAGAGGAGCAGCACCCUGAUGUUUAUGAAGAUCUUCCUGAGUCAAUGGACUAUGAUGUGAUUACGCAAGAAGAACUAUUGCAAGAUGAAAUAUCAUCUCAAUUCACACAUGAGGAGCUACUAUUUGAAGACAGGGACUCUUUUGAGCAUGUUGGUGAUAAUUAUGAAUUUGUUAAUGAGCCAGAGCAAAGAACACCUAUUGAGCUUGAAGAUUCAGGCUUUGUGGUGAUGUAUCCUGAAAAAUCAGCAACAAACAUUCCUCAAGUUGAGAGCCCACAAAGAGAACUGAAGAAAGUGCAAGCGGACACAUAUUGUUACCACUGCAAAUGCCCUAUAUCUGCUAUUGACAAGCUUUUUGGAGAACAUAAAGACCAUGAAGUCACAACACUAGAUGAUGCUGCAACCAAGAUGAAGGAUCACUUAGGUGAAUUGCUAAUAGCAGUGGAAGAAAAGUCGAUGAAGAUUGAAGAGUUUGUGAGUGAUAUUGAAUCACUAUUUAACUCUGUUGAGGAAAACUGUAAGAAAAAUGCAGAGUUAUUGGAAAAGCAGAACGAAGAGAUGCUUAAGAAAGUGGUGGCACAAUAUGAUGAGAAAUCAGAUAACUUUGAGGAAGUGAAGAAGAUGAAAAUGGAGUACCUGUAUGAGCAGAUGGUUAACUUCCAGCAAACUGUUGAUUCAGCGAAGGAAACUUUGGAGACAACAGUAAAAGAAAUGGAAGAACUUGAAGGAUUUGUUUUCCUAAAUUCAUCUAAAGAAUUGAAUAAAAGGUUACUUUCUGCAAUGGAUACUACUCUGUCUUUAGAAAAGGUGCCCAGUGCUUUUUCACUGUUCGAGCACUAUGCAGACAGUCCAGGACAAAGCAACCAGCACUCCUUAAAACAUGUGGCUGACCUAGAGGAGCUGAGUAUCUCUGACAAGGAAGUUAAGGUCUCAGAUUUCUAUGAAUUUGCUUGUGGCAUUCAAAACUUCUCAG